AUGGCAGUGCGACACCAGAGAUUGGGCGGUCGAGAUGUGACCGAGGCCCAGUUCGCUGCCGUCUGGGAGCUGCUCGAGGGCAAGACUGCGACUGCUGCCGCCGCUGCCAGCGGUGGUGCGGGCGGUGCGGGUCGAGUCGUCUGCAUUUCGUCACUGCCGUUCGAUAUGCGAGCCCCCGGCGCCGUCGACCCUUCCCUCCAUCUCCCCGCGAUCCAGACGCCAGCCCGUCUCCGGCCUGGCUUCUCGCAGCCUCGCUCUACCGACCAGCUUCAUUCGUUGUUUACGCUCUUUUCCUAUUACCAACGAGCCGCUCCUUUGCUUGCCCAUCAGAAUUACUUCUCACACCUUACCGUGUUGGAAGCCGCCGCGGACGUCAUGCCGGGCCCGCUGAGAGAGCGCGAUCCCGACGCGCACGCGUCGAGACGCUCUUCUAUCCAGUUCCUCGACAAUCUCCGACCCAAGUCGUAUCUCUCUCACCACCGUCUCCCCGAGCACGACCUUGCAUCUGCCGAUGAGUCCGAGCAGAGCAUCGAUCCGCACUUCAUGAUCAGCACCACUGCUUCUGCUUCCCGCAGCUCCACCUCGGCCGCACAAGCAUCCGCCACCCCCAGACCCCGUCGUACUCCGACUCCUCACUCACUCUUGACUCUGGCCGCCUUUGGCUCAAAGAAACCUGGCGGCGAGCACGCAGACGACGUCGCUCGCCCAGUCGGAGACGCGAACGGCAUUCUCGCCACUUCUCCGGAGCGUCAUAUUGAGCCAGCACCAUCGCCGUCUGCUCAAGUUGCGCCCUCCAGCUCCGCACUUGAUAAGCCGCUGCCGAUCCGACCCGUCGCUCAUGUCGUGAGCACCAGCCCCUACAAGGAGGCGCGCACACUCAUCGACGCAUCGGAAAAGCCUCUUCGCCGUCCGUCAGGCGCCUCCGUCGAGGACGACUGGCCGACUCUUUCCCCCGCUCAACCCGCGGUACCAGGCACUCCCCGAACAUCCUCUCACUCUGAUCCUGUGCCUUCAUCGCCAAAGCAACAUUCCGCAUCGAGUCGCAUGCCCAUGGACGCUACACUCAGCCGGACUCCCGCUUCACCCGGCAAGCAGCGGCCUACAAUCAAGAUGGUGGCUCAAUCGAGUACCGAGAAUAUCCUGCCGAGUAGUGGCCAUACAGACAAGAUCUCAACUCCCCCGUCGAGAACAUCUAGUCAAGACACGAAGCUUCCCGUCAACCAGCCCACCCCACCGCCCAAGAGCUCUAACCUAACGAGCAACUCGGCUGGUCACACCGCCGGGUCCUCUAUUCCUCAGCCGAGGCCCAAGUUGGUCGACAUUCCUUCCCCAAAAUCUAGGCCUGGACGUAGACCUCCGGUCACCAACAAAGGCGCCAUUCCUCGUCCGCGUGGCAACCCUCGCCCCGGUGGCCCUACACAAGCCCACAACACGCGCCAGGUGUCCCGUCAGCCGGAAUCAGACCACCCUCGUGGAUAUCCUCGCAUGGAAGCGCCCAAGUCAGCCUCUCCUGAGCCGCGAUCCGCUGGUAGGGCCAUGGCCCCCCCUCGCUCUCCCGUCGACCACCAGGAGAAUACGCAACGCAAGAAAAGCGCGAUACCCGUUCCUUCUCGCACCACAUCUCCGCAAUCGAUACCCUCUGGUCCUGCAGUCUUCACUCUCAGGGCCAAAGUAUCUACGCCUUCCUCUCUGGGUGGCAAGUCGCUGUCUACAAUUGAAAGCGUCGACACUGGAAGAUUUGAUCAAGACAUCGAUACCAACACAGUCAUGAGACGCGGCCCGCAGCGUCGACCUACUCUCAGCGGGAAUGUCAGAGAAUAUAAGCAUCUUAGUGCCGACACUGAUGCCGAUCCCACGAUGUUGUCUGCACAGACUGAAACCACAGUUUCACGACCUUCGAGUCGGACAGAGAGCUUGACUUGGGUAGAGACUGAGAGCAACGAGGGCAUUCGUACGAAGCGCCUUUCCUCUGGCGGAUCUAGUGGAUUGAUGUCCAACUAUGGACCCACGCUGACCAUUUCCCCAGACGCCGACGAGCUGGUCAUGGGACGCAAAACGACGCCCUCGCCUCCCGUCCCUCCAGUCAGUUCUGCGUCUGCUAGAUCAUCGGGCCAGAGAUCUCGCGACUUGCACCGAAGGGCCGUCACCAACGAGCACCGUAAGGCCUCUGGUCAAAGCGAUGCGAGCAGCAGUAUGCGUGCUAAAUCGAGAAAUGCAGCUCCUUCGAAGACACUGCGUCAUCAGAGCAGCUCGGACUCGAUCCAGGCUGAAAACUUCACAGUCGGAUCUGCAGCCGAGCAGAAGCAUUACAGUUCUGAUUCUUUUCCCCGGCUUGAUGAUGGAUCGGUUCGCAAACCCAGUGCAAGCCAAGCCGAGGAGAACUUCCCUGACGACCACGAGAGACUUGCUGCAGUCUCUCAAACACUUGCUAUGCUUGAGGGUGGCCACAGGAAGGGCGCCGAGAACCCUCAACUCAAGCAAGACGCUGCGCUCGCUCGGGCUUAUGUGGACAAAGAUCACAAGUCUCCAAACAGUGCCCAUUAUAGCGAUGUCUUUAGAAAUAGCCAGGCUCAUGGCAGCAGCGGUGGCUUAGUCCGUUCCGACUCGGGCCAUAGCGGCGUCAGCAGCAAGCGCGUCACCAACCUCUCGCGGGGCGCUGCGAACAUGAAGCGCUCGACAUCGGCUAUCUCUAUAGCUUCAUCACGCCCGCCGGUUCCAGCCAAAGACUACAGGCCUGCUUCAAAAGCCCCGUCCAAAACCCCCUCGAUUCGAAAGUGCGACUCAUCCGGACGUGUUGAUUCAAGUGGCUUAAGAAGCCCCUACGGCCUUUCAAAUGGUUACAGUGCAACUCCGUCGAACAUUCCUCAGCCUUCGAAUGGCUAUAGCUCCUCUGCACGCCUAGGCUCGGCGCAGACCAUGACGGAUGCGUCGCAGUCCGUAGCUGGAGAGAAGCGGUCCGUGUCCAGGGCCAAGCUUACCAUGUCUGGCUUCCGUGGUCUCUUCCACAAGAAGGGUGAUGGCAGAAGCGCAGGCAAGCCAAGUGACAAGAAGAAGCGGUUGAACACAACGGUCGGUUCAAGUGGAAGCCCAACGUCGGAGCUGGGAAAGAGAUCUGGAUAUAGGGUGGCCAAAACGCCCUCGUGCCGACGCAGCCCUGGUCGCUCCGGAACACUGACGAAAGCUUACCACAAGCAUCCUGCUGAGUGCAUAGCCGCGUUGCCGCCGCCAGAGAUGGCACAUGAAUCUGAACUCACUCAGACCACGGCGCUGGCAAUGCGCGUGACUAGGAUGGCCCGAGAGCAAGAUGACGACUCCAAGAAGCACCAGCUGCUCUCUGUGGCAACCGCCAUGCUUGGUGCCAUUGACAGCGCAAAGCAUGCAAAGAUUGCGGCUGAGCAGGCUGCACAAGCCGCUCGCGAGGCGAGUAUGCACCAAGAAAUGACUCGGCAGAGCCUUAUCGCCAUCAACAAGAUCCUCACCAAUUCGCAUGGAUCUGGACUCAUGGGCACUCUUGCCUGUUCUCGCACAAGUCUACGUCAGAAGAGCUCACGCCCAUCUACUAUGGUGCAGUGA